AUUGUUUACUUUUUUUCAGAGAAUCAAUACACGAUUGAAACCCUGCAGAUCAUCGAGCGGAAGGAAAUAGAGGAGUUGAUUCCGCCGCCAUAUCUGGCUGAGCGUACAAAAUGCGUACACGGAUUGAAUAACUGGAGAGCUGCUCAGGGAUUACCGCCGUUAUCGCCGGACUGUCCGACGGCCUCAGUACAGCCGGAAAAAGGACACACUCAAAACGAAAAGAUCGCUAGAGAAGGUUGCACCGCAAGUUAUCUGCUUAAUUCAUCAUCGAAAGGCCGAGUUCUCCUGCAAAAGUGCCAAAAGCAGACAUUCUUGACAAGAGCUGACAAGAAAGCAAUAACUCAUCUAGUAAUCGACGAUUUCAAGGACCGAUUUGGAAAGCUAACACCAACGGAAUUGCAGCAGAGGGCAUCGGAACUCGGAAAGCUAUUCCCAGGCGAGCCAGAGGACGGAUGGUAUCAACCGACGUUUACCAAAAACAGUGCCGGUCAGAAAAUCAAACUGCGGAAACAAGCCAAGGGACGACUGUAUGACAGGAACAUCAACUACAGAGAACCGGUGGAUAACCAAAAUGACAUACAGCAACCGUCAACAUCCGGAGUAAAGCCUUUUGAUGUAAAGCAGAUUGUAUCAAAAGAGCAAGGUAAAUUAUAAACUUCAUUAAUUUAUUAUAGAGCUUAGGCGCUGUCCAUAAACUACGUAGACUUUUUUGCCAUCUCAAACCGCAGCCAAACCUCAACCCCACCCUCCUCCCCCCUCGUAGACUUUUGUUUAUACAAAAAAAAA